AGUGAACUCGGCGUGCAACCAAGCCGAUCAAUCCCCAACUCUGGCCUUCAGCGAAAUCAGAGAACUCUCUUCUUUCCUUUUUGGAAAAUUGGGACAGUUGAGAGAAUUUCUCCCUUAAUCGAGGCCUUCAACAAUUUUGAAUCUUCGUCAUCGAAGGUCCGAAGGCUUCUGAAUCUUCCGGGCGUUAGAUAAAACCACAAGGUUCCCUCAGCAGAAAAGAAAUGGCUAUCUUGUAUGCCGUUGUGGCACGAGGUACGGUGAUUUUGGCGGAGUUUAGUGCUGUCACCGGCAACACUGGCGCCGUCGCGCGGCGGAUCCUUGAGAAGUUGCCGAAUGAAGCUGACUCUAGGCUCUGCUUCUCUCAGGAACGCUACAUCUUUCACAUUCUGAGAUCCGAUGGCUUGACCUUCCUCUGUAUGGCCAACGACACAUUCGGCAGGAGGAUUCCUUUUUCUUACUUGGAGGAUAUCCAUAUGCGGUUCAUGAAAAAUUAUGGUCGAGUGGCCCAUUAUGCCCCUGCCUAUGCAAUGAAUGAUGAAUUUUCAAGAGUCUUACAUCAACAAAUGGAAUUUUUUUCCAGCAAUCCCAGUGCUGAUACGCUCAACCGUGUUAGAGGUGAAGUAAAUGAGGUACGGACAAUUAUGGUGGACAAUAUCGAAAAAAUACUGGAGAGAGGGGAUCGUAUUGAACUACUUGUUGAUAAAACUGCAACAAUGCAAGAUGGUGCAUUCCAUUUCAAGAAACAGUCCAAGCGACUUCGUCGAGCUCUUUGGAUGAAAAAUGCCAAACUUUUAGCUCUGAUGACAUGUUUGAUCGUAGUAUUGCUAUAUGCAAUAGUUGCUGCUUUCUGUGGAGGAGUUGCUCUAUCUUCUUGCAGAUCUUAAAUUCCACAAACGGGUAUGGUAUGAGGGAUAGAUUUAAAACUCAUUUGCGGGACUUUCAAAUUGGAGGAUGGAUUCAGCGGCUUGGCCCUAUAGAAUCAUAACAUAUAAUACUAUGUUCAUAAAGCAGUGAACUUUCUAGGUUUGUCCCUGUAAAUUCUUCUCCUGAGGUGGCAGUAUGUUUGUAGCUAUUAGCUACUACUAUUGCUCCUGGAAGGCUUGUUGAGUUUAUACUUGUGCUUCUGACUUCUUCUUUUUUUCCAUAUGUUUUGUAAAUUGCUUGAUGUUUAGUGAUGUCAUGUGUUUGGUUA